UAAUCAGUCAGUCGUUAAUUGGUUAUGAUUAACACUCUCCUUUAACAGUCAUUGAACAAUUGAAACAAUUUAAAUCCUGAAUAGUUAUUGAUUAACUUUCACUUGGACAAUUAGUAUUUCCAAUUGAUUGAUCAUCUAAAUAACCAAUAAAUUCAAACUUUAAAGUAUUGAAAAUGUUUCUCAAUCCUGAUUCCGGAUCAUUUAUCUCAUCACCACAGUCACAAUUAACUAAUCCAGUUGAUGGAAUUAAAUUUCUGUGUCUCUUUUCAUUGAUUUGUUUUGGUCGCAGACACAAAGGUAUUUAUUUAACUGGAUCGGGAUUCUGUUCAGGUUACAAUCACACUAAUGAUUUACAGAGUUUCAUCUGUUCCGAUAAUUUCGAUACUUCAAUUUUUGGUGAUUCUCAGCUUCACACUUUGGCGAUUAUCGGUUCUAAUCUGUCUCUUGAUGAAAGGGAUUUGUGUCCAGUUAAUUACAAACAUUUAAUUCUCAAAGGAUUAACACUGACCAAGAGUUUCAGAGAUUGGAGUUAUUUAUUAAAUUGUAAACGUGAACAUGAAUCAGUGACAAUAUUUAAUUGUAAGAAUAUCAACAAAUGGGAAUGGAGCCGUUUACCUUUCAAUCAUCUUCACAUUGAGAGAACUGAUUUAUCCAAUGGUGAAGAUCUCCCUGGUCCCAAUUUACCACCACAAUUAAAGACAUUAUCAUAUGUCUCAUGUUUAAUCAAAUCGAUUCCUAAAGAUCAUUUUGUCACCUUGUAUUCGUUGAGGAUGUUAGUGCUUUCACGAAAUUCCCUGAAAGAGUUGAACAUGAACUCGUUCCCUGCCGAUGGAAAUCAUAAAUUGUGGCUUUUGGAUUUGAGUUACAAUCAAAUUGCUCAUAUUGAUUCAUCAUUAACUGUUGUCUUACCAAAUCUUGUCGAGAUUAAUUUGAAAUCUAAUCAUCUUCAAACUAUUGACCAGUCCUUGUUUUCUGUGGUUUGGUUUCCUAUCAGGAUACUUGAUGUUACAGUUAAUCCAUUGAUUUGUAAUCGUUUAUGCUGGACGAUCGAUACAAGGAGUCAUCCAAUAUAUUUUGAUGAUGCUAAAUGUUAUACAGAAAAUGAUGAGUGGGUAACUGUUGGAGCCAUGGGAUUAGUGAGAAAGUCAACUAUCGAUUGUUAAUCCAUGAUAAACAUGACAGUUUCAUGGAAAGAGAAAAUUGAUUCAAUCAAGAAAAUGGAGGAAAAACUAUCGAAAAGUAUGAAUACAAAGUGGAUAAUACAAGAAUCUUUUAGUUCUAGAAAGAUUCAAAGCAACAACGAAAUCGAAACUCAAUAUCAACUUGAUCAGAACUUUCCCUGGAACGGAAUUCGCUGUAAGAAUAAUAUUCAAAGAUGAAUUAUUAACAUUACUGAUAAUUAAUAUCAAGUAAUUUGAACUGAAAUUGUGUCUAUUUAUAAUGUGACCUUUAAUCGAGUACCGAAAUGAUUACUCGAAGUUGUAAUAAUCAUUUACUAUUCAGAUCAGUGAUUUUGAUUAUCAAAUCAGGAAGAGAAACCUUGAAUUGUCAUGAUAAUUAACUUUUCUAGAUGAUCAAUGUUAAUUACUCACCAUUGGACUCUCAAUCUGCGAUAAUUUAUUGUCAACACCGCAAUUGAUUACAAUUAAUUUUUGAUCAGUUUGUCUUAAUAAUCCCACAAUUAAAAUCACAAUUGAUGAGUAAUUUCUUGUAACCUGGCAAAAUAUUAAUCCUUUCAGCUACUAACGACAGGUUAUAUAAUCAAAUCAACAAUUAAUUCUGAUAUAAAUCAUCAAAUCAGUGUUUUGAUUAAUAAUUAACAUGAGAGAGAGAAAGAGAAAUGAUUAUCGCUCCACAGAAUUAGUUAAUCAAGAAAGUAGGAGAUUAAAUGAUUAAAAUAAUCUCAAGAAACUCGAGUGGUGAUAAUGAAAUACUUACGAAUCAAAUCAAUUUGAUUGGGAUGAAUUAAUCACUAAUUGUAUAUUGUACAAUUUAGAUGGUUACAAUUAAGAAAACAUUGAAUAUUUUGUGACAACAGGAUCAAUAUAUCAAUGAGUUGAAAGUUAAUUCUAGUAAAAUUGAACAAAUUGAUUCGAUUUUGCUAAAUUAUGAGCAUUAAUUAAUCGACAAUUUUAACUGUUUAGUUAAUCAGGUAAAGGAACGAUAAAAAGUCAAGUUGAUUUAGGUUAAUCUAUUAACAACAAUAGUAAUUAGUUUAUAUGAAGGUGAACACAACAUCUAAACGAUUACUGUUCAAUGAUUACAAUUAACUAAUCAAUAUUUCUAAUUAUCCACCCUGGUGAUUUAAGAUUUUCAGAAGCAUCUUCUCAUAAUCUUAACUGUCUAAUAAGUGAUUAACAUUAUGAUUAAAUCUAAUUAGUUCAUUGGUUCUCAAAGAGUUUAUAUUCCCCCAUCAUGAGAUGAAAAAGUUUCUCAGAUCAUUUCAUUAAAUUCACUGUUCAAUUGUAUAUCUAAACUGUUUGUCUAUUAAUUGAUUGAUGUAAUUGUAAAGAAAAAGUCAUAAGAAAUUAUCUUAAUUACUAUUAAAUUGCUUCUUUACCGCUAAUAACAAUUCUCACUUUAAUAACAAUCAACAUGAAUUUACAACAAGGUUCCUCUUGUGUUACAUCCCAUUGACGACAUUUAUUGUUUAUUAUUGUUUUUUUUUCUGUGAUUCUGGUUAAUCAUAAUGUGAUUGUUCAUCUAAUUGUUUAUUUCUAACAACAAUUGGAACUAAAUCAUGAUAAGAUCAGAUCAGAAAAUCGUUUGUCUCUUCUCGAUACUUUGCUUUGGUAAAAUACGAGAAACACCAUUUCUUGGUAACGAUUGUCAAGCUUAUCACUUUAUCCGAGAUGUCAUCAGUGUCCAUUGUGAAAAUGAAUAUACACUCAAAGUGCCAUUCUCAGUUCGUGAUAUUCACACGUUGUAUUUAGUUGGAGUUCAUCAGGAAUCAUUUCAUCUUCAAUUGGUUGACAUUUCAUUUAGACAUUUGAUUAUAAGAGAUUGGGACAUGACCGAUUAUUAUAAUGAUAUAAAUAAAAUAGUGUUCACUUUGAAUCGACAUCAAUCAUUUACUGCUUCAUAUGUUCAAAAUUUACAAGCCUGGAGAUGGAGUGAUUAUGAAUUUGAACAGAUUCACAUUGAAAAAUCGUCCAUUACAAAAAUUGGAAGCCAAAGAUUAAGUGAUCUAAUUGCUAAACGAUUAUUUUCCUGGAAAAUGGUUGAACUUUAUAUUAUCGAUUGUCAAUUACUCUCAAUUGAUCCAAAUGUCUUCUCAGAUACACCUUACCUGAGGACACUUACUCUAAGUCACAAUACCCUGAGCAGUAUUCAAAGUGACAGUUUUCCGUAUCAACUUCAUCAUCUUUGGCUUCUCGAUUUAAGUUACAAUAAUUUAAACCACUUGAAUUCAGAUCUUUUCAAUAAAUUACCUGCACUGGUUGAGCUUAAUUUAAAUCACAAUCAGUUAACUGAAUUAUCUCAUGAUCUAAUCAAACCAGUCUGGUUCCAAUUGAAUUUAAUUCAUCUUCAAGAAAACCGGUUAAAUUGCAGAAAAUUGUGUUGGUCAUUAAAAACAGAAUCAUUUCCGCAUCCGAUUGCUUUUGAUCAAACAAAAUGUUCAAACGAUUAUCUGAAAAAUCUGGUUAUCGGAACGAUGAACAUCAUGUUCCCCAUUUGUUUAUACCCUUGGAAUUUACAUCGGUUGAACAGUUUACCGAAAUUAACUAAUCAAACAUCAUCAUGAACAAUUUACUCUUCAAACAAUUUAUAUAUAUCACGAUUAACGAUUGAGUGAGAAAACUAAUUACCGUCAAUUGUAUUUGAGAAUCAAGAAUCUUGGGAAAUUAACUGAGUUUCAAUCGGAAUUACAAUUUAAACUCUAAAAAUGAUAAUAAAUUGAUUGUGAUUCUGUGAAACAAACUAAUUGAUUUUAAUUAUGUGUUUACAUGCUUAUUGGAUUAAUUGUUGUGAUCAAGUUAACCAACUUUUCCGGUAUACAAAUCAAUUUAUAGAAUAGAAAUCGUUUUGUUAAAUUGUAAUGAUUAAUUUUAUAUCUUUUUGAUUUACACCAAUUUGUUUACAAUUUUCCGAAUUAUAAAU